AUGGAGACCAAGCUUUCUAGCAUUGAUAGAAGGGAGAUUGACUGUCUCAUUAGGAAGGACUGGGACUAUUGGCAUUACCAUGCAAUGGGUACCUCUGGAGGGAUUCUGGUGUUAUGGAACCGGAAGUUGGUUUCUUUUGAUGUGAAGGAAACUUCUUCUCAGGUUAUUGUUGGUAACUAUUUGAUUCCUAACUUGGGAAUUUGGAAAGUUGUUAUUGUGUAUGGGAGUAGGUGUUGUAGGGAGAGGGGAAGUUUGUGGAAUCAACUUGAGAAAUGUAUGGAGGAUUCAUUUCCUACCAUCAUUGGAGGGGACUUUAAUUGUAUCUUAAAUAAGGAGGAGAAAAGAGGAGGAAAGAGGUUCUUGUUUUCUAAAGGACCUAAGGAGAUGAAAGGUUUUAUGAUGAAUUCAGAUUUUCAUGACAUUGGGUGCAUUGGACCAAGGUUUACUUGGUGUAACAACAAGGAGGGGGCCUCUCGGAUAUGGGAGAGGUUGGACAGGUGUUUGUUAAACUCAUUUGCUAUUCAGAAGCUUCCAUUAGCUGUUAUUAGACAUUUGGCCAGAGUGGCAUCUGACCAUAGUCCAAUUGUUCUUAAAUUGGAUGUUAGUGUGCGGUUCAAGUCAAAGGUUAUCAAGUUUGAGGAUACAUGGAGGUCUUACCCGGUAGCUAAGAGUGUUGUUUAUCACUCUUGGAAAAAGAAGGAUUAUGGUGAUGAAAAUAUGAUCUUACAAAGGAAGACUAGUAGAACUUUAAGAGCAUUAUUUUUUUGGAAUAAAAAAAAAUGCAAAGACUUGAACAGUUUAAAGGAAAAACUGAAAGAGGAGAUCCUUGAACUUCAAAACAAGGAGGCUUUGGGGGAGAAUUGGUCAGCUGAUGAUCUUUUUUUGCUUCGAACUAAAGUACAAGAGCUUAAUGUCACUUUAAGAAGACUUUCUACAUGGUGGAAUCAAAGGGCAAAAGCUAGAUGGCAUGAAGAAUGA